AUGCACCAAGGGGUUGCUACCAAAGUGGCUAGUGAAGAUAAGAAGCCCAUUGUUGAGGUGGUUGGUGAAGAUAGGAAGCCUGUCGCUGAGGUGGCUGAUGAAGACAGGGAGCCCUGGGUAAUAAAGCUUAUCAUGGGUUGUGCCCAACAUAGCCCAUCGCUGAGGUGGUGCCCAAUGCGGUCCUAUGACCAUAGUGCUCUGCUAAAGAUUACCCUGACCUUUGUGGAACUAGGGUUGCCCCUUUUACGAGCUGACUUAGCUCGCUAG